AUGGCGUCGGCACUAACCAGAGCUGCCCUGUCGGUGCCGCUGCGCCAGGCCCAGCAACCCUUUUUGCAGCUGGCAGCGCGGCGGACCUUCCUCACGACGGCACAACGAGCCCUCACAGCUCCCGGACCGGGCGGGCCCCUCGGCGGCGUCCCCGCGACAUAUUUCCAGCGACCUUCGUUGCCGGCUAAUACGAUUGUUCGAUUCGUGCCUCAGCAGACGGCGUGGAUUGUGGAGCGCAUGGGAAAGUUCAACAGGAUACUCCAGCCGGGUCUCGCGAUUCUGAUUCCGUUUCUCGACCGCAUUGCCUAUGUUAAGUCCUUGAAGGAAGUGGCACUUGAGAUUCCUAGCCAGAGUGCGAUUACGGCGGAUAAUGUGACUCUUGAGCUUGAUGGUGUUUUGUAUACGAGGGUUUUCGAUGCCUACAAGGCUAGCUACGGAGUCGAAGAUGCUGAAUACGCCAUAUCCCAACUCGCCCAAACCACGAUGCGAUCCGAAAUCGGCCAGCUCACUCUCGACCACGUGCUCAAGGAGCGAGCAGCCCUAAACACCAACAUCACGGCUGCCAUUAACGAAGCCGCGCAGGCUUGGGGUGUCACCUGUCUCCGAUAUGAGAUCCGCGACAUCCACGCGCCCGCGGGCGUCGUCGAGGCCAUGCACCGCCAAGUCACCGCCGAGCGAUCGAAGCGAGCCGAGAUUCUCGAAUCCGAGGGUCAGCGGCAGUCGGCAAUCAACAUCGCCGAGGGUAAGAAGCAGAGCGUGAUCCUGGCGUCCGAGGCAUUGAAGGCGGAGCAGAUCAACCGCGCGUCUGGUGAGGCUGAGGCGAUUCUCAUGAAGGCGAAGGCUACGGCUGCGGGUAUCGAUGCCAUUGCGAAGAGUAUUGCUGAGGGAGAGGAUGCGGCGAGGGGUGCCGUUAGCUUGUCGGUUGCUGAGAAGUAUGUGGAUGCGUUUUCGAAGCUUGCUAAGGAGAGCACGGCGGUGGUUGUGCCCGGAAACGUCGGUGAUAUCGGUGGCAUGAUUGCUACGGGUCUUAGCGUGUAUGGAAAGGUUGGAGAGGCACAGGCGAAGACUAUGGCGAGGAAGUAUUUGCAGCCGGGUGAGGGUGAGGAGUUCCAGCCGGAGGAGGAGAAGUCGAUGAAGGAUACGAUGCUGGAGGGGUUCGAGCAAACGGCUAAGCAUUGA